AUGUAUCGUAAACGGCUUAUACGGCAACCAGCAAUCCGCUCUGUCUCCAAUUCACCGCCGUCUGAUACAGCGCCGGCAGCAGCAAACAAAAAGAAGAAAUUGAAUUCUGAACAACGCUGUCUAUCCUGGUUUAAUCUGAUUUUAUCAGCACUCAUCCCUCUAAUGAUAGGUAUCUUUACAGUUGUUAGUUAUAUACAACAACAACAGAUAGCAUAUGAAAAUCGAAAACAGGAUCGUAAAAUUGAAGAUCGGCGUCGUAGUGAAGAUCAACAUCGGGCUGAGAAUUUACAUUAUGAAAACGUUUAUGAAAAAUAUAUUGAAGAUAUAUCAAAUUCAAUCUUUAAACAUUCUACAAAUCAAACAUCAUUUUUAGAUAAUCAAACGAGAUUUGCCUAUAUUAAGAGUAAGACACUGACAGCACUACGACGUUUAGACUGGGAACGAAAAACAUAUUUAUUUUUGUUUCUACUUGAAAAUGGUCUCCUUCCUGGUACAUCAUUACUCGAUCUGUCCGGUGCUAACUUUGUUAAUAUUACAGUAAAAAGUUCAAUAUCCAAUAAGUAUCAAUUUAACAACUUGUCAUUAACGUCAGUUGACCUUACAAAUUCAUCAUUUAUUGCCUGUAAUUUUGUGUAUGGUGGAAAUCUGGCUGAUUCAGCACUGUCGGGAAUUGACUUUAGUAGUUCAUUUUUCAUGGAUACUAGAAAACUCUAUUUCAUAUUUGACAGUGUUGUUCUUGAACGAGCUAAUUUUCAAGAUGCGAUUUUACACAACAUUCGUUUUAUUAACACUGAACUUUCAUAUUCUAAUUUUAAUAACACCGUUAGUUCACAAGUGUAUUUUAUCAGUGUUAAUUUGAUCGAUGCAGAUUUUAGUGGAGCAGUUGUUCUUGAUAUUAAUACAUGUAUUGUCAAUUCGAAUUUGACUGGUAUGAAAUUUGCAAAUGAGAUUUUAAUGCAAUUAAAUGAAUAUGGGAAUUUACUGAAUGUACUGUUACCGAAUCAAACAUGGUUAAUUGAUGAACGAAAUUUGGUGAGAAAUGGAGAUGCUGAAACAAAUUGUGCAUCCGAAUUUGAUACAGAUACAGGUUCAAAUAGGACCGAAGUUGAUAGAGAAACAAUUUCAAAUUGGAAUGUGUUUAAAUGGGGCGAAACAAAUUCUUCGAUGAUAAUUAGUCUGUACAAUAAGACUGAUCUACUAUUAUUGGGCAAUUGUUAUUUUAACUUAGCAGAUGAAGUAGCAGUGAAAAUGAUACAAUUUAUUGAUCUUAGUAAUUAUUCUUUGAUAAUUGAUAAUGGAUCAGCAGAAUAUUCUUUAUCACUAUUAGUUAACAUGAAGCAGAAUCACUGUUUACAAGAAUAUUUUAUGGUUUCAAUUACUCAUCAGGUUGCAAAACAAUCGCCGAAUUUUAUAAUACAUUACCAUUACAUUUUAAAUUAUUUUAAUCAUACGGAAUGGAUUCAAUGUACACUAUCGGGACCAAUACCGUGGAAGAUGCGUUUGGUUAAAGUAGAAAUUGGUUAUUUGGCAAAUGGAACCUGUUUAGUUGAUAACAUUGAAUUUCAUAUUCGAAAUGUGAAGAAUGAAAGUUGA